ACGCGCGGCGUGGAUGCAAGACAAGUGCGGGUGGUGCGCGCACGAGAGAAGCUUCAUUUCCACCACUCGGGAUCAGUUACACGGUGCAGCCUUGCAGAGAGGCGGUCUUCGUUGAGUCCUGACGCCGUGGACGUGGCCAGCAAAAGAAGCAAGAGGAAGAGGAGGCGAAUGACCGAGGAGUCGUCUUUGGAGCAUGGCGCUGAGGUCAUCAGGCUGAGCCACGAACCGUGACCUUAAAAUGUAGGUUGGAGGUGCGUACCAGUACAUAGCGAACUGAGAUUAUGGCUUACCGUUCUAUGAUGACCAGAAAAGGUUUGUCCUAUUUUCGGGGGUUGCUGACUGACUUUCUGGAGAAUUUGCCAUGAAAGCACGUGGAACAGUGGAGGACAAAUAUCACAUAAUUUCGUCUUUAAACAUGGCCGGACAAAGCUGGAGGAGCUGGCUGUAAAAAGGGAAGAAACAAAUCCUGAGGUCAAGAUUGUGUGGAACGUUCUUGCUGAAAAGACGCUGUUAUGUGAUGUCUACCAGGAAAACGUGGCUCAUUGAUGGAAUCCAACAAGUCUUGGGAGUAGGAGUCUAUAAUGGCCUCUAACCACCCAGCUCAUAAUUGAACAUCUUUCAUCCCAUGGAUUCAUAUUCUCCUCAAACCUGAAUAUUUUUUUGCCUUUUUUAAAUAAUUACAUGUAGACUGGACUGUUUUCUACUUCGUAUUUCUUAUCAUCCAACAUGGCUCCUGUUUGGACAGCUUGGACACUGUUGGCAGCAUCGGGUCUUCUCAGAUGCUGGUGUGAAGCGUCAAGGACUAGUGAUUCGAGCAGGGUGGAGCAGGGGCCUUCUUCUGUGGAACGUGUCAAGAGGGGAUGGGUGUGGAACCAGUUUUUUGUGGUGGAGGAGUACACGGGCACAGAGCCGCUCUAUGUGGGGAAGAUCCAUACAGACUCAGACGAAGGCGAGGGAAACAUCAAGUACACCAUCUCAGGAGAAGGGGCCGGCACCAUCUUCAUCAUCGACGAGCUCACAGGAGAUAUCCACGCCACAGAGAGGCUGGACCGUGAGGAGAAGGCCUUUUACACCUUGCGAGCGCAGGCCCGGGACCGUCUCACCGACGACCCUCUGGAACCAGAGUCGGAGUUUGUCAUCAAGGUCCAGGACAUCAACGACAGCGAGCCCAAGUUCCUGGAGGGGCCGUACAUCGGCAGCGUGGCUGAACUGUCACCCAUAGGAACGUCCGUUCUCAAGAUCACGGCGUCAGACGCUGAUGACCCGUCUUACGGCAGCAGUGCCAGAGUGGUCUACAGUGUCCUGGAAGGAGAGAAGUUCUUCACUGUAGGCAGACACACUGGCAUCAUAAUGACAGCCGUGGCAGAUCUGGACCGCGAAACGCAGGAUCGUUAUGAGUUGGUCGUCAUGGCAACAGACAUGGCAGGACAAAUGGGCGGUCUCUCCGGCUCCACCACGGUGACCAUAGUGAUCACGGACGUUAAUGACAACCCGCCACGCUUCCCACAGAAGAUGUACCAGUUCAUGGUAUCAGAAGGGGCGGCGGUGGGGACGCCAGUGGGACGCGUCAUCGCCACUGACGCAGACAUGGGAGACAACACGGAUAUGAGCUACCUGAUCCAGGAAGGAGGCGAGCUCUUCAAAGUCACAACCGACGCAAUUACACAGGAAGCUGUUGUCUCCAUCAAGAAGCCGCUGGACUUCGAGAGCAAACGCACCCACAAUGUUGUAGUGGAGGCGAUCAAUAAGCAUGUGGACCCUCGCUUCGUGGACCUGGGCUCCUUUCGAGACCAGACCAUCGUUCGAGUCAGCGUGUCAGAUGUGGAUGAGCCGCCGCUCUUUCAGCCGGCGGAAGGCACCGUCAUGGAAGUGCAGGAAGACGCCAAAGUGGGAGCACUGGUUGGUGUUGUCACCGCACGGGAUCCGGAUGUGAAGAAUAAACCUGUCAGUUUCUCCAUCGAUCGGAGCACAGACCAAGAGAUGAUCUUCCAUAUCGAUCCAGAUUCUGGUGCCAUCACACUGGGCAAGAUUUUGGACCGCGAGACAGCCGGCUGGCACAAUAUCACGGUGACGGCCGUGGAAGCAGAUAACCACACCAUGGCAUCGCACUCAGCAGUGAGUAUUCGCAUACUGGAUGUAAACGACAACCCUCCAGAACUGGCCACGCCCUACGAAGCCUCCAUAUGUGAAGAUGCCAAGCCAGGCCAGAUAAUUCACACCAUCAGUGUGGUGGACAAAGACGAACCGCAGGGUGGACAUCAUUUCUACUUCAAACUGGUCCCUGAAGCUUCUGGCAAUCAACUCUUUACUCUGUGGGAUGUCAAAGACACCACUGCUGGCAUCCAGAUGAAGCGCUCAGGCUUCAACCGUCAUGAGCAGAACGUCUACUUCCUCCCCAUCCUGGUGGAGGACAGCGGUCCCCUCUCCCUCAGCUCCACGGGCACCCUGACCAUUCACAUCUGCGACUGUGACACAGAGGGAGCCAUCGAGUCCUGCAAUGCCACAGCCUAUGUAAUGAGUGCAGCUCUCAGCCCGGGGGCACUUAUAGCUCUGCUGGUGUGUAUGCUCAUCCUCAUAGUCCUCGUCUUGCUCAUCCUGACACUCAAACGCCACAGGAAAGGCCAGCGGAUGGCGGAGGAUGAGGAGGACAUGCGAGACAACGUCAUCAAGUACAACGACGAAGGCGGCGGCGAGCAGGACACUCAGGCUUACGACAUGAGUGCCCUCAGGAACCUCUACGACUUCCCCGAGGCCAAGAGCGCAGACUCGGGUCCGGAUAUCCGCUCACUGCCGCAGUGGAUACAAGCUAGCCGGGUAGCUGGCGGGGUAGAGGCCGCGACCGCAGUGACCGCGGCCGACUUCUCUCUUUUCAAAGGCUACAUCCGAAAGAAGGUGGAGCAAGCCGACGCCGACCUGUCCGUGCCACCGUAUGACUCGUUCCAGACGUACGCCUUCGAGGGCAGCAGCUCGCCUGCCCUGUCGCUCAGCUCCAUCCACACACUGUCCACCACCUCUGAACAGGAUUUCUCAUACCUCAGUGACUGGGGGCCGCGCUUCCGGCAGCUGGCGGGCUACUACGCUCCAGGGAAGCCAGACGAGGACGUGUCCUAGCACAGUGUCCGGUCUCCACAUAGACUUCCAAUUCUCCUCCUCUUCUUCUUUGUCCUCUUCUUGACUGCAGUGAUCUCAGCUAAAUAUCCUUGAAAGAACAGUUCCUGAUGGUUUUCCUGCUGGGUUUAGCCUCUGCUGGACUUUUUUCAGGAUGCUAGCGUGACAGCUGUGGCGAUGAUGAGAGAGGCGAGAAAGAUACGGAGAUGCCGGGUUCCGAAAAUGAUCAUUUAGCUUGAGAUGGCGGCAAGAAACGUUCCAGUCAGGUGACGAGACGCUCCUGACUGCAGCUUGAAGAAAGUUUUGCAGACACUCUAUGGACAAAAAGUAUUGGGACACACCUCUUAGUCAGUUCUUACAUCAAUCAGGGGUUGGACGAGACCCCUUGGUUCACCCUUUAAUCUCAAUUAUUAGUAAGACAUUUUUCGCAACCUUGUGGGAACACUUUUGGGAAAGUCCUUUCCUGUUCUCCGAUGCACUACGCAAGGCCCAUAAAACAUGCUUGGAUGAUGCGGGUGUGGAAGAAGAACGACAAUAGGCUGUCCUCAGGUCAAACAUCCGUGACCUCUGACCUACCUUGUAUAUUCUUAUAUCUUCAAUAUGAAACCAUUACUUAAUAAUACUGUUUUUUUUAAUUUAUCUUCCAAUUGUAAUAUAUCACAUCAGGGCUUUUCAAACUGUGGCACCUCCCCUCAGAGAAUAUAACACCAUUGGGGCCUCCCAUGCUCCCCAAAAAAUGACUUUUUUGGAGCGUUUUUUUUUUGUUUUGUUUUUUAGUUUACUCACUCACUGUAAAAAAACAAAAAUAUUUGAAUUUUGCCUUCGACAACCAAAGUUAGCAGGUUUGAAAAACAUUUCUCUCGAGUUGCUGCACCUGCCUUGAUACCUUCAGACAACGAAAAUGACCAAUGAUUUAUUAUACAACUCCCCAGCAGACAAAAUAAAUCAACAACAUUGUUAAGAUUGUUUACACCCUCUUGUUACUAGGCAGGAUUUGUGGAACGGACGUCCUGACUUCCUGGAACUCCCGGGAGGCAAAAGAAGACAUUACAGGCAUGUAAUUGAUGUGUCUGAUUUCAAAACAUAGCCUAACAGUGCUAACAGGUGUUGGGAGUACUGAUUUCCGCCUCCUACCUGGCCUUCCAAGAAAUCAGGAAGGUCAGCAUCGCUCUGACCGAGUGAAUAAGUUGACAGUUUAAAUGUCUGUUAUUAUUAUCAAUACAAAAUGCUCAUGAUUGAUGAGACACAUUUAUCCCUAAAGUCUUGAAUUAAAUAAACACGUGUAUAGAUUAAAUAUGAAAUACUUAUUGGAUAUAAAAAAAACUGCCCAUCAUGCCGCUGAUUAUUCAAAACAAAAACAAAAAAAAAAUCAGAAAUACUGUCUUAUCAAAAAAAGUGGAAGCCGUUAUUGCUAACUGCAUUUUUUUUUCACAUUCACAUCCUGUACGUGAGGUGUCCCAAUACUUUUGUCCGCAUCUUCUUUCCCUCAAAUGGACGACGUACUUCGCUUUAUUUUCAGUCUUUUUUUUUUGUUCUUCUGAUGUGAAACGGCCAAGGCAACCCUUCAAUACUGUAUAUUUUUUUUUUUUUUCUAAAAAAAAGAAAAAAGGAGCUAAUAUUUAUGUAUUUAUUUGUUUUUGUAAUGUAUUUAUUCACAUCAUUUCUACUGGAGUCUGGUUCAAGGGACAAAAAGACGAGGAGAAGGACGGAUGCAAGGCCGGGAAAAUAUUUGGAUUUAUUAAUUUAUUUUCUAUGACCUCUUUUUGCUAAAAAGGGGAACGCGCAGAAGAAGACAGAAUGUGAAACGUUUUUGCAAUUCUUUUUAUUAUUUUGCGGGGGGUGAGGGCAGAAAUAUGUGAAUUUCUUUGACACAGCUGGUUUAAAGGCAGCGAGGUUCAAAAUAAACGAGGACUAAACUAAAUAACUGUUUCAUGGAAUUCCCCCCCCACUGGAGUCCAAUUUUCUCUCCUCAUUUUGCUCCAUGUGUUUGUAAAAGAUGUUCGUUUUUUUUUAAAUCCCAAUUUUUGUUUUUUGUUUUCUGUCGGAAGCCAUUCGGGAUGUUUAAAGGUUGAACGAAUGAACGGGUCACAUCAUCCUUAUAGCUAUUUCAUGUUGACCUCCGUUUGCAACUGACAAAAAGAGAGCGAAAACGACUAAUAAAUAUUUAAUUUUUUUGAUAGACUGUUGUGUUCAAUGUCUCUGUGUUUUGACAUCCACAGCUAAGCAAAGCACCUUUUGUCAAACAGGCUGCCCUUCUGCCAGGCUGCUGUAACUGGCAACGCCACAAGAGGAUGGCGAGGUCGCUUUUCAUCUGACAUUCAAACCAUGGCUGACAUUCACAAUCGGAACAAAACAAGACAAAAGGUGUAUGCUGGAAGUUACAGUACGUACCUCGAUGGUCGAUCAUCUCAUGGUGUUCUCUGGCUUAACAAUACACAACCUCACUGAAGCUGUAGGAAAUGUAGCUUUUGCUCAAUAACACCUGCUUACAGUGGUCGUACAGUUUGGGAUUCAACCAAUAUGCAGCGAAUGUGUAACAAAAAUUUGGAGGUUGAGCAUGAACAAUUUUGUUGUUUUGUUCCGUCACAACACAAGGUGGAAGCAAAGGUGCCAACAGUGACGUGCGAUGAGGUUCAUGGCUGUUGAGGCACGGACUCCUUUGGAACGUUUUAUUUGUGUCAAUGCAGGAUAACAAGAAAAAGAAGAGAAUAUUUCAGUUUUGUUAAAAUAUUUUGUUUCAAAUACUUCUUAGUCCCGUUUAUUAAACGUGUGUUAUUACCUUUUAUCUGUAUAGGAAGUACAAACUCCCUGUUCUCCAGAAAAAGGUAUGAUACUUUGUUGAAAAGGUCUGAGCACCCCCUGGUGAGCUUGGGCAUUUAAUCCUCCAUCUUGGCAGUCAAAUUCAUUCAUUCAUUCAG